AUGUCGCCUGUAUUGCAAGCGCGCAUACCUCUUGCCAUUCAAGCUAGAAGCAACCACACGCUCAUACCCUUCCCAGCAUCGGAUCAAGCAUCUCGCAAAGCUCCAACGCCCGUGAUUUUCCUCACUUGCAGAAGGCUAGACAUCCUAGCCUCCAUUCGCGAUGCAACGGAGAGAAAGUCGGAGCAAGAAAGACAAAGAUCUGAGAAUGUUCAUGCGAAGCGACCUGGAGAUGGUCCACCCAGCUGGUGGCCUUUACCUUUGCAUCACUGGGCUGACAAAUUCUCAAAAGGAGGUUGGCAGGGCUUUUUGAUGGAUCUGGAUGAGGAUCUGACUUGGUCAGCGUCGGAGGAUAAUGUUGAGGUCGAGACUUGGAUGGACCGUGGAGCUUCAGAGCUAUCCGAACUUGUGCGAGGCGUUUCUGCUUUCCCACCCCUUCUCAUCGCUCACGGCGCGGCUUGCGUGGUGGCAGAACAAUACGUUGCUAGCAAUCCCGUCUCGGGAUUGAUCCUGCACGAUCCACCGCUAUCCAUUGCUCGCGCGAGGCAACGCGGACUCUUCGUUCCCGAGGAAGUCCUUCCCAUAGAGGAACCGACGUACGAACCUCGCUUCGCGACGAUUUGUACCUGGUCCGCGGCCGAGUUGAAGCGGCACAAAGAGGAGGAGCAAGUGCCGUACUACGAGGUGCACAGGCUGGAACAUCUUCGAGAAGAAGAAGCCAGCGAGGCUUUGGAUAGGGUGAUCUGGGAGCUGAAGAGUGACGAGGACGCUGACAAGGUCAUCGAGUGGGCAGAAGAAGAGGCUGGCCUCGCCGCUGGCGAUCAAGCCGCCGCACUGGCUGAAGAAUGUCAGGACUCGGAAUUGGACGUGAAUGCUCUACUAAGAGAGGUCGAAGCUGACGAGCAAGAGGCCAAGUCCGACGAGGAUGCCAUGCCAAGUGAGGAGGAAGGGCAAGAAGAAGCGAUGUCAGCAGCAGCAGCCGACACGAGCGCGGAUUCGGCGUAUAUGCACAGUAGCGCACCGAAAGCGAGAGCGCUGCCAUCAUGGUUCGACGAGUCGAUGGGCUAUCGAAUCACCUCUUCCUCCAAAGAACCCAUCCUCAUACCCCCUUCUCACCUCAUCGAGACGUUCAUUCGAGGCAGCGGUCCAGGCGGUCAAGCGAUCAACAAGCUCUCCACCAACGUUUCCUUGCUGCACAAACCUAGCGGUACGAGGAUCACUUGCCAAGAGACCAGGUCGCGGGAUACGAACAGGAUGCUGGCUAGGCGGAAAAUGUCAAAGGCGAUCGAUGAGAUUGUGAGGGGCGAGCAGAGCGCGGAGCGGGUCAAGAGGGAAAAGGAGAGGAGAAAGGCAUUGAAUAGGAAGAAGAAGAGCAAGAGAAAGUAUAGAGCUUUGAAAGAGGCCCAGCAGGAAUUGGAAUGA